AUGGCCGGACAGCAGUUCCAAUAUGACGACAGUGGCAACACGUUCCUCUACUUCCUGACAUCCUUCGUGGGGCUGAUCGUUAUCCCGGCCACAUAUUACCUGUGGCCCCGGGACCAGAACUCGGAACAAGUAAGACUGAAGAACAUACGCCAUGUAUAUCGAAGUUGUUUAUGGUACCAGCUGAGGUCUAUCAAGCCACAGCAAAAUAUAGUUCCCACAAUAAAGAAAGUAGUUUUGCUUUUUGGAUGGGCAGUAUUCCUUUUUCUUGCCUAUAAAGUUUCAAAAACAGAUAAAGAAUAUCAAGAAUACAAUCCAUAUGAGGUGUUGGGUUUGGAUCCGGGAGCAACAGUGUCAGAAAUUAAGAAACAAUACCGUUUACUGUCCCUAAAAUUUCACCCUGAUAAAGGAGGAGAUGAAGUCAUGUUCAUGAGGAUAGCAAAGGCUUAUGCAGCUUUGACAGAUGAACAAUCAAGAAAAAAUUGGGAAGAAUAUGGAAAUCCUGAUGGGCCACAGGCUACGAAUUUUGGCAUUGCACUGCCUGCCUGGAUUGUGGACCAGAAGAAUUCUAUGCUGGUUUUGCUUGUAUAUGGCCUGGCUUUUAUGGUGAUCCUUCCAGUCGUUGUGGGUUCAUGGUGGUAUAAAUCAAUUCGUUAUAGCGGUGAUCAGAUCCUCAUCCGUACCACACAGAUCUACACUUAUUUUGUGUAUAAGACCAGGAACAUGGAUAUGAAACGCCUAAUUAUGGUGUUAGCAGGAGCAUCAGAGUUUGAUCCACAGUAUAAUAAGGAUGCCACAAGCAGACCUGCAGAUAAUGUACUAAUACCUCAGCUAAUAAGAGAGAUUGGCGGGAUCAACCUCAAGAAAAAUGAACCUCCACUCACCUGCCCCUACAGUCUUAAGGCAAGGGUGCUUUUACUGGCUCAUUUAUCACGGAUGCAAAUACCAGAGACACUAAAAGAAGAUCAGCAGUUUAUAUCUUGAAGAAAUGUCCAGCUCUGCUCCAGGAAAUGGUUAAUGUUAUAUGCCAACUAAUAAUAAUAAUGGCGCGGAGUAGAGAGGAGCGAGAGCUCAGACCACCUUCACUGGCUUCUCUGGAGAACUGUAUGAAGCUCUGUCAGAUGACCGUUCAGGGUCUCCAACAAUUCAAAUCUCCAUUCUUACAGUUACCAUUUAUAGAAGAGGAUCAUCUGAGACGAGUGUGUUUAACCAUAAAAAGUUUAAAAUCAAGACGAUUCGGGACCUAGUUAGCAUGAAGGAGUCAGAUCGUCGCCUGCUGUUUAGCUUUCUGGAGGACAGCAGCUAUGAGGAGCUAGUAGCAGUUCUUGGCAGCUUUCCACACAUCACAAUGGAGAUAAAGCCUCAGGUGCUAGACGAUGAAGAUAGUAACAAUAUUACUGUGGGUUCACUCGUCACGGUCCUUGUAACUCUUAGAAGACAAACAAUGGCGGAGGUGUUCGAGAAGGAACAGUCCACUUGCUCUGCAGAAGACCAGCCAGUGGAAGAAGGAGGAGAAAUUGGCAAAGUCAAGAACAAAGGUUGGCAACAAAAGAAUAAAACGGCCAAAAAAGCCUCCAAAUCUAAGAAAAAGAAGCCAGUGAAAAAGAAGCCAGCACCUCCAAUGUCAUCUCAACAGAAACCAUCAAAGCAGAAGCAAGGAAAUGAUGUAGCAUGCAAUGAUCUGACAGUAAAGGAGGAAGAAGAAGAUAUCUCUGAAAAAGGCAGUGACUCUGAGGAUGAAGAUACAAAUAGAGAUUCCCAAAGUGAUGGUAGUGACAAAGAUUCUGACAGAGAGAAUGAUGAGAAACAAGGAAAAGAUGAUGAAGCGGAAUGGCAAGAACUGCAACAGAGCAUACAGCGAAAAGACCGCGCUUUACUGGAAACCAAAUCAAAAGUAACACAUCCUGUAUAUAGCCUAUAUUUUCCAGAGGAGAAACAAGAAUGGUGGUGGAUUUAUAUUGCAGACAGAAAAGAUCAAACGUUAAUAUCUAUGCCGUAUCAUGUGUGUACUCUUAAAGAUCAAGAAGAGGUCGAGCUUAAAUUCCCUGCACCAAGUAAACCUGGCAACUUUCAAUACACAGUGUUUUUAAGGUCGGAUUCUUAUAUGGGUUUGGAUCAGAUUAAACCUUUGAAGCUGGAAGUUCAUGAAGCUAAACCAAUACCAGAAAAUCACCCACAAUGGGAUACUACCAUAGAAGGUGAAGAUGACCAAGGGGACAGUGAAGGCUUUGAAGAAAGCUAUGAAGAAGAGGAAGAAGAUGAGGAGGAUGAUUAA